GAAUAAGGUAAAGACGAGAGAGAAAAAUAGAAAAAAGGGGACAGAAAGAAGAGAGGGAAAAGGAGCAAAAAAGAGAGAAGUGAGAGGAGAAAAAAAGAAAGGGGGAUGGGCCACGGCUACUCUGCCUUCGAGGGGGCACUGCCUGGCUGGGGCAGGACAUCAGGUUUGGGGGGCUCCUGGCUUGGCCCCAAGAGCUGCCCUGGCAUUUCGCACCCCGGUGCCAGCCCCGUAGAGAUAGGAUGGGGUAUCUGACUGCCCGCAUCUCCCACUGCUACCGGCUGCAACUUGGGCCUGAUGGCCCGGGGCAGUGUCCAGUGGAUGGAGGCAGUGACACUCCAGCAGUAGCCUCCAGGGCCAGAGUGCUUAGGGUUCCCCAACUAUCCUGGAGCAGAGGGAGCCCAGCCCAAGGCUGGGAGGGAGGGCUCAGGAAGACAGACACCCCAUCCCACAUGGGUGGGAGCAGCAUCUGGGAGGCUCAGGGUGAGGUGUUGUGGAUAGGCUGGCCCGCCCUGGCCCUUGGGAAGGCUGCAGCCAGAGGAGAGUGGAGGCUGGGCGGAAAGCGGGGACUGCCCUGGGGCUCCGCAAACUUGGGCUCUAGCGGGCAGGCAGGGACCCAGUGGCUCCCUCCCAAGGUGAGGCCUGACUCAGUCUGCGCAACUUUGCAGGGAUGGACCACAGCUGCCCUGCCCAUGAGGGGAUGCCACCUGGCCAGGGCAGGACGCUGGGCUCAGGGAGCUCCUGGCUCCAGGCUCGGCCUCCCUGCGUGCUGGAAACAGUGCAAGCGGGGCAGAGCAAGGGCCCAGCUGCAGUGCCUGUCCCUGGUGCAAGGGCCCAGCUGCAGUGCCUGUCUGCAAAAGCCCCCCCAGGUCCUGGGAACAGCCUCCGUGGGCAGCUCUCAGGGCCGAGCUGGCUGGGAGUGUCCAGCGCAGCAGCACUCUGCAGUGCCUGUCCAGACCUGGGCUCCAGCCCCUGGCAGGGAGCUGCAGGUAGGUGAGGCCAGGGCCCGGGCACGUGCUGCAGGGGGCCACAGUGUUGGAGGCUCCCAGUGGGUGGAUGGACCCUGGGGCUUGGGCAGACAGAUGCCCCGUUCCAUCUGGACGAGGUUGGCACUGGGGUGCGAAACGCCGGGGCCAGGGCAGUACAGGAAGAAGUAGGUGCGGCGGGGAGGCACCACAGGCAGGCCAGCCUGGUCUGGCCCUUGGGAAGGUAGCAGCCAGAAGAGAAUGGGAACUACAUGGAAAGCAGGGGCUGCCCUGAAGCUGUGCAGGCUUGGCCUAAAGCUGGCAGGCAGACCAAGGUACUGAGCCUGGCCCAUGCAGCUCCAUGGGGAUGGUCCACAGCUACCCUGCCUUUGAGGGGGCACUGCCUGGCUGGGGCAGGACAUCGGGUUUGGGGGGCUCCCGGCUUGGCCUCCCUGCAUGAUGGGCACAGCAUGAGUGGGGCAGAGCUGCCCCUGGUGCAGGGGUCCAGCCACAGGAGCCCCAUGGGCCCCAGGAACAGCAGCUGUGAGUGGUGCUCGGGGCUGAGCCAGCUGGGAGCCUCCAGUGCAGUGGCCCUAUGCAGUGCCUGCCUGGGCCCCAGCCCUGCCCACCUGCAGCUCCCCUCCAGAGCCUGGGCCAGGCUGGGGGGGCGCAGCCUGGGGACAGGGGCGGGGUCAGCAGAAUGCAGACAGCUUCCCUAUCUGUAUUCUCCUGACCCUACCCCCCAUGCCUGCCACAGUGCUGGGACCUGUGGCUCCUCUGGAGAGCCCGGAGCAGCAACUUGGGGUGGGGGGGGAAAUUAAAACAAUUUUCUUGCACACCACCUGGCUUGCGUGCUGGGGAUUGCCUACCCCUGGCCUAGAAUGUCAGUGUUUUAAAAUGUAUGUAGUUCUUUGUAAAUUUGUUAAAGACAUUCACUACCCACUAAUAUGCAAAGGAUGCUUCCUCUGGCUAUAAUUAGAUUAGGUGUGAUCUCCUGUCUUGUAAGCUAGGUAGAGCUGGGCUGAGCCAAUAUUUAGAUGAUAGAAUAAUAGAGGGGAAAACCAGAGGCUGCCACAGAAAACUUUGUUUCUGACUGAAUUGCCAAAGUAUUUUUGUCCUAGAAGCUAUUAUCAGUUAGUUAGUUUUAAUACUGUGACUGCAUUGUUAAAAUGUUUGCCCUGCUCUCCUCCAAGUGUGGCAGCAGUUAAAAGAUGAAGGGAUUUCUGGAAAGUAAAUGCAGUUUUCAAAUGAUGAGCUCUUGGGGAUCCAUGUAAAUGAAGGUGCUACCGCAGUGUAAGAUUACUACUGUUU